AUGACAUCAAAGCGUUCUGCGAAACGCCCCUCCAGUUCUGCAAAGAGAACCGCGAGAAACAAAAGAGAUGAAAAGACGACGGUAUCAAAGUUAGAUGAAAAACCAACUCCUAGUGAUAGUGAACAGACAGUCAUGACAGCACCGGGUGAACAGACAUCCCCAUUUUAUUUACCAUCACCUGUGGCUACAGAUCCCAAUAGUACUGGUAGUGUUAGUGUUGCCAAUAGUAAUACAGAUACGGUGGAUAAUAAUAUUACAGGCCCACAACUCUCCAAACGGGCAUUGAAACGAAUGCGUGGAUGGGAACCGGUUAUUAAACCGCCUGAAAAUGCCGAUGCGCUUCCACCCCCUGCUGCACCGACUGCUGAUGUUGUCUGGCUGGAUAACAGUACAAGUGUCACGUUAAUUCCAAAUAGUAACAGUGGGGUUCACACACGUCGUGGAGCUGCUAAUCUUGCGGCUCUUUCACCUCCCACUAGUUAUCUUGUAUACACGCGAGAUCCUCUUAUUAAAAUGGGUCGAGCAGGUCGUCAAAACGUACAUGUCAUCACAAGUCUUCCACCUGGGGGAGAUCCACGUAAUUUACUACGCGAUGUGCCAUCUGUGAGUUCUCUCACACAGCGGAGUACAGGAACUGGAGGUGGAGGCUCUAAUAACGCCUCAUCCUCAUCGAGGCGCCGUGAUGAUGAUAUGAAAUGUGAUGAUGACAGUGAGGGCCCUGAUGAUAACGAUAAUAAUGAUGAAGAGGAAGAUGAUGAUGAUGAUGAAGAAGAAGUAGAAGUAGAGGAAGAGGAAGAAGAAGAAGAGCAGGAUGAGGAGCGGAGAGAACCAGGUGAUGACAAUAAUAAUAAUAAUAAUAAUAAUAAUAAUAAUAAUAAUAAUAAUAAUAAUAAUAAUAAUAAGAACGUUGUUGAAGAAGGGAAGGAGAGUAGUGCUACCACUCAAAGUAGAUCGCAGCGUAAAGUAGAUGCAAAUUUAGAAAAAACGAAAAAGAAUAGAACAACAACAUCAACAACAACAACGAAAAGAUCAAAUGAUCCUCAACAACAACAACAACAACAACCACAACAACGAACAGGUGGUCUUUCAGCUGCACAAGCCAUGCUGCCGCCACCAUAUAGACGAAAUCGUCGACUUAAGCGAAAAAUGCAUAUCACAGAAGAAACACCAGUCUUCGCUGUGCAUAGUGAACUUCGAGACACAAUGCCGCAAAUAUUUCAGAAAGCUCCAUUCUCAACAGAAGAAGAUGUACUUCGCUCCACACUUGAUUGGCGUGAAGAUCCGGUGUUAUUGUAUACUCGUCUCUUGUGGGAAUUUGCACCGGAGAAAUUUCUUUCUAGAGUUUUACAAGGACGUGGGAACAAAAAAACCACACCUGUAGCGGAAGAGGAAACAGAAUCUGAAUAA